AUGAGCCGUGAGUCCAUAUUCCACAUUAUAACUUAUCUUAUGGCAUUAACAUUGACAAUUCAUGUGUCUGAUUUAUGUUGUAAUGUAUUUAACAAGGCCACAAUUUGUUCGUCUUUCUCUGUAUUCCAGAUCAAAACGUUGACUCCAACUGUACCCGAUUCAAAGAGAAAGUGGGAAACACAACUGGGAAAAGGACUGAGGACCACGACACCUGUGCCACAUCUACCCCCAACCCCCCCCUUGAUCCCCCCCCAAAACCCACCCUCAUACCCACCAUGUCUCUCAAAACCUUCCACCUGAUAGAGACCCUCAAGAAAUCCCCGGCCGCUUUACGCCGCCGCUUCCGCCGCGACCGCACAGAGUCCCUCUCCCACGGCGACCCGCUAUUCAAGGUCCACUACCUGGGCACCGAGAAAAUCUUCUCCCUGGAUCGAGAGCAGGCCCAGGACGCCAUAUCCCGGCUACUCGAAGGGGCCGCAAAUGGAAAGAAGCUGAGCAAAGACCAUGCGUUGGUUGUUCGUCCACGCUAUGUCGAAGUCAAAGAGCUCAGCACAGGGCGCCAGCUCACUAAGACAUACCUCCAGGACAUAGCCUACUGCGCCGCCGACUCCACCAGACCCAACGUGUUUCUGUACAUCUGUAAGCAGCGUGGGCAACAGCUGCAGUGCCGGGUGUUCUGGUGCAGCCGGGCGGAGCGGGCACGGGACAUGACGGCCUGUCUGGCACACUCCUUCCAGAGGGCACUGAGCGACUGGCAGGGGGACGGCGGAAGUACCGGCACGCUGACCCCAGAAAAAGUUGAGGUGAAGGAGGGAGAGGAUAUGUCCACCACCUCUGCUACCUCCCGAAACUCCAUGCUAACAGCUAGCUUAAGAAGAGGUAAACACGCCUGAGCACCUGACACACUGAAAUAUUCUGUUGAAAUCAAUAGAAACCAAAAAUGUUAGGCAGGUGGUAAGGGGAUUGCCUAGCGAUAGGGGAAACUGUCAAAGGGAUUAAUUGAUAGUCUUCAGUUAACACAUGAAUGUAUGUGGAUUUGCACAUUUCACCAUCUUCUCUUGAGAGUUGUAUGUGGAAAAAAAAAACAAGCCCAGCCAGCACAUUUAACACCCUCUCUCUUCUGUGUCGGUUUGCAGUCCGUUGGAAGAAGAGGAGCUCCCUGUCUCACAGUCCACUGAGUGCCAUGACCAGGAAGAGAUCCACCUCAGACAUCUGGCACUGA